GCUACUUUUAGUUAUGUCGUGAACUGUCACAUUGAUGAUCGUGUGUAAAUAUGAAAACUUCGUUAAUAAAAUGGCUAUUGGGAAUUUACGAUUACCGGCAAUCACGGUGAAGUGUAGAUAUACAGUACGAUUAUUCAUUACAUUUUUUGUAAGGUAUAAUGAUUUGUCUUAUUUAAUCAAUGUAUACAGAAAAUAUACAAAUUAUGAUACUUGAAAAAAUGCUAAACAAAAAAAAGACAAAUCAUUCAGAAUAUGUCUGGGAGUUUAAAAAUUGUAUACUUAUUUUUGUUAUAAAUUAUUAUACAUUGAUUUUACAUUGAUCACAGAAAGAACUCAAGAAAUAACAGUCCGAAUUAUUGCUUUAAUAUUUGUUAAAAUUGUUCUUCUGAUAUCAUUUAUAAAGUAUCACAAUAGAUACUUUAAACAUUUAACAAGAAUUGCAAAAAUAUAAAUCUGUGUUAAUUUGUAUUUAAAAUGGCUUAUACUUCACUGCCAAAACUUGUCAACUUAAAUAAAUUACAGUCGAAUAGUGUUGAGAAGACUUUAACGGAAAUACUACAGUCAGAUCCGGUAAAACGUCUUCUGAAUCAGCCUAAUAUUAUUAUUAAGACUAUUCCAUUAAAUACUCAACCAAAAUCAAAUUUGACAUCAAAUAUUACAAACACAAAUAUUGUAAAUAUUUCCACAAGUACUUUUGGAAGUAAAAAUAAUGGUAUCAAUACAGAUUUAAAUAGAAUAAAACAGCCAGAUGUUACUGUAUUUUCUACUAAAUCAAGUAAAGAAGAAAAUGUGGAUGAUGAAAAUCUUUUACCUUCAAAAACUGAAGGGAAGUCUGAAAUUGCAUUGCUUCCUAUUGAAAGAAAAAAGAAGAAUUGUGGACAUUAUGGACCUUGUGAAAACAUUACUUGUGAUGUCACUGUUGAACAAUGUAUAGACCAUGAUGGAAUAUCUCUUAUGUUAGCUGUUAAUAUAGAAGAACAUGAAAUAAAUGCACCUGUAUGGAAACAUUGUAAAAACAGUUCCUGUGAUGCAUUGAGUAUCGAUCAUGAUCGUUGCCGUAGAGCAAUUAUAAAGCUAAACAGAUUCGAUAAGUCUAAAAUUUGUGACAUUUGCGGUAUCACCCUGAAAACACGAAAAUCUCGAAUACACCAUAAAAACUGUAAAAGGCAGAAUGAAUAUAGACAUAAUAAGGCAGACAGUUCGCAACUUUUAAAAGAGCGAAUGCGUGAAAGAGAAUUACAAAUGUUAGAAGAUGCAAAAACAAAAAAGCAAGAUUACAUGGAUCCAAUAACAGGAUAUAAUCGUGCUAUGGAUGUUUUAAGAAAAAACGAAGAAUUAAUUAUCAUUCCAAAAACACAAUCUUCUCAUCAAUCUGGCAUUACCAUAACUUCCUCAUUUAAUCAAAUUAAUCAGCAAACAAAUACCAUUAGUAACAUCUCUACAAAAUAUAUGCCAAAUAUACCUCUUGUAUUUCCACAACAAAGUGUAGUACUAAGUAAAAAUUCGAGUUCUAGUGAAAAUAAUAUUACACAAACUAAGUUAACUACUACACUGAACAGCAAACUUGUAACUACUACUUCAACUACUACAAUCCCAAGCCAGUUUAUCAAAUUUACUAACUCAUCUCAAACCAAUUUACAGUCUAUAUCAUUGAAUGAUUGGUUAUUAUCACAAUCUCAUGUUGUUACAACUUCAUCGUUUCAUUCUAAACCAUUUUUAACACCCAUUCGUGUCGUACCAAUAACUAACUUAAUAACACAGCCUUCAUUAUUACAUCAAACACAAGGCAUUCCAAAAUUUUGUAUUAUGGCAGAUAAUUCAGUGCCAGCUUUAACUGUACCAGAUAUAAAGCCACUUAUAUCUCCAAAAACUAUAGAUAAGUCAAAUAUCAAUCCUGAAGAAAGCCCUAAACAAGAAUCACACAAGCGUAAAAAAUCAGGAAUAAAGAAAAACUUACGAAAAAAAAGUAGAAAAAAAGACUUGAAAUGUAAUUAUUGCAACAAACACUUUAGUACAGAUUGGUAUUUUAAAAUUCAUGUUGCUAUGCAUAGUGGUGAAAAACCUUUUAUGUGUAGAUUAUGCCAAGAGUCUUUUGGUAAUAGGUAUGAUCUAAAAAAGCAUUUAACAAAUGAUCAUAAAAAUGAGAACAUUAGUUGCAAUGAUUGUGAUUUCAUCUGUUCUUCAUAUUUGUCACUUGAUAAACAUAUGAAAACCCAUUCUACAAUGGUACAAUCACACAAAUGUCCUGAUUGUAAUAGCAUGUUUACAACCAUUGAUGAUUUUAAUUCUCAUAAAGAGAAAUGUGAUGACCAAAUAAAUACAGAUAUUAAAACUACAGAAACAGAAUCAGAGAGUAAAGAAAUUAAAAAAGUAGAAAAAAAAGAUCAUGAUAAUUCGAAUGAUGUUUAUAGCAAAAUUGAAGAAAAAGGUGUUAAUGAUACAGAAAAAAAAAUUCUUGACUCUGAUAAAGGAAGUAUAAAACAAGAAAAACAAAACAAAGUUUCAUUAGAAACUAAUGGUAUUAAAGUAAAUGGUGUUUGUCUUCAUUCAUAAUAUGAAAUUCAUGAUUUAUAAAUGAAAAUUAAAACGAAUUUGAUGACAGCUAAGUUCUUAAUGUCGUAAUGUUUGAAUAUUGAUCAUUACAUUGAUAAAUUUACACAUGCACAGACAUAAUGAACAGAUAUAGUUAAAUUUCCAAAUCAUUCCACACCAAAACUUUUAUAAAGGCUACAUUAAACUUUAUGCUUUUUCUGCAAUGAUAGAGAAAUAAAUGAUUAAUAUAAAUGUAUGUUAUUACUAUAGUUAUUUAUUUUAAGUAGGAUUCUGCUGCAAAGAAAAUAAAACAUAUUAAAAAUUAGUAUUUCUUCUAAAUAAAUCACAUAUUUUUUCAGCAUGAAGCACAUUUACUAAUGGAAGAAAUUCUAAUUAUCUUGAUUAUUGUUAUAGUUAAUCAGCUUUGCAGCAGUGGCUUGUGCGAUAUUUUUAUUAUGAAAUUGGAAAAGUGCAAAUUUUUAAAUUUCCCUAAAGAGACAUAUAAUCGAAAACGUAUUUUUUGUAACUUUAAGUAGCCUUUAAUAAAUUACAGAUUAGCUGAGUAUUAUUUAUGAAAUAAGGACUAUAAUUAGAUAUAGAUCGUAUAAAUUGUGUGAACUGUGAUAGAUUGCCGCCUUUGCUGACAUUAUUUACCAUAUCUUUCAUUUGUAUAAAUCGUAAUUUAAAGAUAGUAUAUUAAUUAUUAUUUUGAUUUAUAAAUUUAUUACUACGCAAGUUUGUCUUAUUUGAAAAUGUUAUGAGAACAGUAUAAGAUAACAUUUUAUGACAAAUUUGAGCACAUCUCAUUGACCAAUGUAUAAAUAUUACUGUCAUCAUAUGUCUGAGCAUAAGACGUAAUUAGAUAUACAUAUCACUUAACGCACAGAUAAAUAGAUUAAUUUGAAAGAUGUUCUUUUAGUUUCUUUUUUGUUAUUCUCUUUUGCAAUAUUGUACGUGAUGUUUAAAUAGCUCUAGUAAUGUUAACAUGAUUUAAAAAAUGUAAAUAUUUUGGUGCUACAAUUUUACUAUUAUAAAUUAUAAUUUUAAUUUAAUAUUAAAUUCAAUAUCUUACAAGUGUUAAGUGUUUCAAAUAAGUAUAUAUUGUUAUACAGAUCUCUCUCUAUGCAAUUUAUGUUACUUCUUGCCAAUCUCUGUAGAUGUAUUUUGUUGUAUUAUAAGAAUAAUAUAUGUAUACCUACUAUGUGAACAAAGCGUAAAUACAUGCAUACAUACAUACAUACAUACAUACAUCAUACAUACAUAUAUAUAUACAUAUAUAUAUAUACAUACAUAUAUAUAUAUAUAUAUAUAUAUAUAAAUUGUAAAAGAUGGCACAUAUAAUAUUUUUUUAUGGCAAAUGUGCAAUAUAUAUACAUGGAUACAGAAGUGUGCUCAUCUUUCAUAUAUGCACUUAAUAAUCACUUAUUCUUGAAAAAAUCUAAACAUGACAAAAGUAAUACAUCAUAACAAAUAUAAGCAUGUUAACUUAUGAUGUAAAAAAAAAUGUACAGUAAGAAUGAAUCUAUAAUUUAUGAUAUAUAGAAGUAUAUACAUGCAAUUUUGGCUUAUAUCAUUUCUAUACAUAAUAUAAUUUUUUAAUAUCUCGAUACAUAUAAACAUAUGAUGUAAUAAAAGACUAGAAAAUUGUGUUAGUAAAUAUCUUAAAGAUAUGUUAUUGUCAAACCUAGCAAAGAUUUAUGGACAAAAUUCUUAUUCUAUUGUAAUCACUAAAAUAAUCACUAAAAAUGCAUAGAAUUUUAUGCAUUUAGUAUGUUUUAUCAGACUUGAAACACACAAAAUAUUUUUAAAUUUAAAGAUCUGAUAAAAUAUUAUGUGCCUUUUAAAUCAUAAAUGUUCCUAACAAAUAUAAUCUGUUUUAAAUGAAUACAAGAAGUACAUAAUAUUUUCUAUAUAAUUAUGACUACAAUAUGCCCAUUGUUUUUACUGCUUUGAAAAACUAUUAUCCUCAUUAUAUUACAAUAAAAUUAUUUGCAUUCUUAAUAAUUUAUUCUAAAUGGACAAAUCAAUAUAAUUGAGUAUCGCAUACAAAUGAAUUUCAUUUCAUGUAAUAGAUUGUCUACAAUAAUAUAAAAAAAUUUUUCUACAAUAAUAUAUUGUUGGGACAUCUAUCAAAAUCCCUUUUAAAGGUAAAGAAAUUUAAAUCUAUAGAUAAAAGUAUUACAUCUUACUAUCUAUACUCUGACAUUUUUUAAACGUCGAAUCUUGUUCUUCUAAAUAAUAUUUUUAUUUCGUAGGUCUCCUGUAUUAUCUCAUAGAUGAGAA